AUGGCAAUACCGUUGAGUUAUAGUUUGGUCAUUGACAGUGGCUUUGAAUGGAAGGAGCCUCAUCCGAGACAACGCUUUGUUCUCGGCCCGCCGGCAACGGGGCACAAGCGACCAGAUGAUGAUGACAGUGAUUACAACGGCAUCCAUGAUGAUGACCAGCCAUUGGACUUCCACAUCGAUUGCAACUCUUGCGGCGAAGCAAUCGCUGCAACCAGUCUUUACGGCGACGAGCUUACCAUCACAUUGUCAGACGGCGACGCAUCUACGGUCCGCGGGGUCAUCGUUCCAGCACAUCCAUUGAUGAACUUGUCCAACUUUCUGGGACUUCGGUCAGCAGCUCCACCACGGUCGAUCGUCACGCAGGACAGCAGCAUCACCAUCCGCCAAACCAUUGGUAGCAGGUCCAGUAACAUUACAGACGAUGUUGGCUUGAGUCGGCUUUCCCGCGCAACCACGGCAAGCCUGAGCUACGAUAAUGAUUUUUACAGGUGGGAAGCCGAACUUGUGCACCGCAAGUCGAACUCGUGCUCUGUUGCUACUAGCCUCCCAUCAUUUAUUGAUGACUUGGCGCGCAGCGUCAACAACAAAAACCACAGCAACAGCAGCAGCAGUACCACCAGUGUUGUUAGCAUGAGCUCAGGCCGCGGAGAAGCAAUUGGACGUCGGCGACGUGAUGGACAAACGCGACGGCGGAGUUUCUUCCAUCGCAUGUUCAGUGGCAAUCGUCGCGGCUAUCAUAGCGGAAAAAAUUCGCACGUGCCGGACCUGCUAAGUCCACCUUCAACAGCAGCUGUGCCCACCGUGGCUAGUCCUUCAACAGUAGGACGGUUUCGGUAUCGGAGGCAUCUUUGA